AUGGCUGUGCCUCCCACAAGCGAGGCGGCCACAUUGUUGUCUACCUACAUCCUUGCAGAGCUGAAAAAAAUUCUCUCGGUGCGUAUCCUCAUGAUGUACUUUUCUACGUUCCCUGACAGCUCCCCCAAGUUUUACCUCUCGCUUCUGCGGAGAACGGAAUUAGCGGGCGACCUCAAAGCCUUACUCUUCUCCAAUGUGGAGGAGUCUGCCAAAGAUGUUGCGCCUGAAGUUUCAUUACUCAAAGACACCGAGAGCUCAACAGAACAAAGUGCGUAUCCAAUGGUACAGCCCAUGAAGGCUGCUCUUUACUUCGACAAUGCGAACAGAUUCGGCGAGUGGCGAAUCUUGAUAUCUACCGAGGCACAUAACAUCUACUCGCUCACCGUCAAGCGGACAAAAAAAUAUUCAAGAUUAUCUACAAGAAGAUCAAGUCCACAUCUCUCGCAUGGUCAAUUCUCAACCAACAAUCACAUGAGACUCAAUGGAUCGGAUGCAGGCAUUCCUGUCUUUGAAGCCAAGAUGACCAAGGAUCUACGGCUAGUGGUAGAUGUGAUUUCCCAGAAACUCAGGGCAGGAGAUAACCUGUUUUUAUCACAGUACCAGAUUGAUUGUGUCCCAGACUUGAAUGGAGAGUUCGAGAGACAAGACAAGUCAUCAAAGUAUAUGGAAUCUAUAGAAACUCCGAGCUCAGCGGAAUAUGGAAUGCCUUGGGCAACCAUCUAG